AUGUCACCGACAUCUAGUCUUGUAUUAUUUCUACUGAUUUCUUGUCUUCUUCCCAAACCACAGGAGGCGAAAUUUUGUGUAUUUUGUUUUAAAAAGUUAAUAGAGGCGAUUGAAGAGUUUGAAGAAUCACUGAAGAGUGAAAUGCAAACGCUGAAAGGCGGACCCAAAAUUAAAAACCCAGCCAGACCAAUGGGCAAAAAAUCACCAAUGCAUCCAAUCAACAUAAUCAUGGAACCACAAGCUGAGAAUCCAGACUAC